CAGAAUGAAAGAGUACAACUACGAACUUCUGAAAGUGGAAUAUGUCAGUGACUGUGUUGCCAAUGUAAAACUCAACCGACCAAGGCAGAUGAAUGCUCUGAACCAGAAAAUAUGGGCCGAAAUCGGUGAUGUGUUCGAGAAGCUGGACGCUGAUGAGAACUGUCGUGCCAUCGUCUUGACUGGGGAAGGCAAAGCUUUCUGUUCAGGAUUGGACCUCAAAGACGGCACCCUGACCGAUCUCAUUUCUGUGGAGCAAGGUGGUGAUGUAGCAAGAAAAGCGAGACUUAUUCGCAAGGAAAUUCUAAAGAUGCAGAAGGCUUUCACUAACAUCGAGGAAUGCUGCAAACCUGUAAUCGCUGCCGUGCAUGGAGUGUGCUUUGGCGGUGGAAUCGACAUCAUAUCAGCGUGCGACAUUCGUCAUUGCACACAAGAUGCAUUAUUUUCCGUAAAGGAAGUGGACGUGGGUUUGGCUGCUGAUGUGGGCAGUUUGAACCGGCUGCCGAAAAUAUGUGGCAAUGAAAGUUGGCUGAAAGAGGUU